UUAGUUGGCUUGACGCCGGUGCUGAAAAGCGAAAAAUGAAGGAGCGGUGAGGAGGAAGACGGAAAGGAAACCUGCUCGCUUGCUACUUCUUUAGCAAUAUUCCGGCCGUAUCGCUGUGAUAAUGGCGCCGUUAGACCUCGAUAAGUACGUUGAAAUAGCGAGACACUGCAAAUAUCUACCGGAAAAUGAUCUAAAGAGAUUAUGUGAUUAUGUUUGUGAUUUACUGCUGGAAGAAUCAAACGUUCAGCCAGUCUCAUCUCCUGUUACUGUUUGUGGAGAUAUUCACGGUCAGUUUUAUGAUCUUUGUGAGCUCUUCCGAACUGGAGGCCAAGUUCCAGACACAAAUUACAUUUUCAUGGGAGACUUCGUAGAUAGAGGAUAUUAUAGCUUGGAAACAUUUACACACCUGCUAGCUUUAAAAGCAAAGUGGCCGGAUCGCAUCACGCUUCUACGUGGAAACCAUGAAAGCAGACAAAUAACACAAGUGUACGGCUUUUAUGAUGAGUGCCAAACAAAGUAUGGAAACGCAAAUGCCUGGCGGUAUUGCACAAAAGUGUUUGACAUGCUGACUGUGGCAGCUUUGAUAGAUGAGCAGGUCCUGUGUGUUCAUGGUGGUCUUUCACCUGACAUCAAGACUUUGGACCAGAUUCGUACCAUCGAACGCAACCAGGAGAUUCCCCACAAGGGAGCCUUCUGUGAUCUUGUGUGGUCAGAUCCUGAGGAUGUGGACACCUGGGCUAUUAGUCCACGAGGUGCUGGCUGGCUGUUUGGCUCCAAGGUUACAAAUGAGUUCGUUCACAUCAACAACCUGAAGCUGAUCUGCCGUGCACAUCAACUGGUUCACGAAGGCUACAAGUUCAUGUUCGACGAGAAGCUGGUGACUGUGUGGUCAGCGCCCAACUAUUGCUACCGCUGCGGGAACAUUGCGUCCAUCAUGGUCUUCAAGGACGUCAACAGACGAGAGCCCAAGCUGUUCCGCGCCGUCCCCGACUCCGAGCGCGUCAUACCUCCCCGAACGACCACCCCCUACUUCCUCUAAUGACAAGAGCCAGUUCUGUCUCCUCUCCAACCUCUGGAGACCUCAAUUCUCAAACGUAUUUGUAUGCAACAUAUUUUAAGAAAUUUAUCGAAGUAGCAUCUCUUUGUGGCCUACAGCAUCCUGAGUAACAAAGGGUUUCUACCAAGACUACACUCUGUUUCCAGCACACUCACUGUCGUAAAGGAAAAAAAACAUUUUCUUCUGACCCCAAUGAGAAACUGAUCCUUUUAAAAUUUAAAAUAUUUUAUUGAUAAGAAAAUGUUAUAUGGCUUAAUUUCUGUUAUGUAUCCCACGAAAGCAAAUAAAACAUUUAAACUGAGUGGUAGCUGGCAACAAUACACAUUGAAAUAAAGUCAUGUACUGUAUAUUUUUCUUUAAGUAUGGUUAUAGAAGUUUGAUCUUAUGGUUGCCUUUUGAAAAAAUUAGUCUCUUAGGACGAUGAUUUGUAGAAUUAGGAAAUAAACUGUCAUAAUUGCUCCUGUUGAAACACCUCAGGCGUACAAACCGCUGCUGAGCCCAUCCUCCAGACCUCUGCCUUAACGCUUUUAUUUUUAAGCCUCUUUUUUUAAGACUUCUUUUUAAUUUAUUGUUUUUAAGAAGUGUCCCAUGUUAGUGCAGACACUCUGUAUUCUCAUGGCAAACAUCCACAAGUGUCGGUCUCAAACUGGCAUGUAUUUUUGCAUUCAUCACUGUAUCUAUCUCAUUUGAUAGAGAAAGAGUUGUUACUGCAGUGGCUUUUUGAAGCCGUCCCGUUUAAAUGCAAAAUCAUUUCCAGUGCAAGUGCAUUUUCUUGAAUAGCUCAGCUCAGUAGUAGUAUUUGUAGCAGAGAACAGUUCUAUUUGAUGUUAUUCCCCUGUUUUGUAAUUUCAAUAAAAUAUUAUUCAUGAA